GUCACGUGUAUUACUUCUUCCGGUGUUAAGUUUGGAAAAUCGGCCUUCUAGGAAGGAAUCUGAAGACCCUACAUGUGCAUAUGUGAGCCAAAGAGAAAGCUGAAGAGAAACUAUUCAGCAAUGGAGGAUACAGAGACAGGGACCCUGGCUCCUUCUGUUGAAGAGGAAGAGGAGAGUGCCUCCGCUGCAGCAGGAUCUGCCAUGGAGGUGGCUCCCAGCUCUGUUAUAACAGCCUCUUACUACUCCAAAGAUGUUCCAGAUCCAUUUGCUACACCAGGGCAGUGUGGAUUAUAUAAUCUUGGAAACACUUGUUUUAUGAAUGCAGGUUUGCAGUGUCUGCUGUCCACCACCCCUCUCCUGAAGUUUUUCCUGGAGCAGUUUACUUUAGAGGACUUCCCCAAGGACUCGCUGACCACAUACUUUUACCAACUGGUUCGUAAAAUCUGGAGUGGACAGUUCUCUAUUGUGUACCCCAGAGACUUCAAGAGUGCCCUAGGACUCUUUCAUGUGCAAUUUCAAGACUAUCGACAACAUGACUGUCAAGAGUUCUUGGUUCUAUUCCUGGAUACAUUGCACCAGCAACUGAAGUGUGAAGAAGAGGCUGUUCAGAACAACCUUCAGAGAGCAUCAAUAGCCGGGAACAAAGACCAGCUGAAUAACUCCAUUGAUGCCAAAAGUUGCAAUGAAGAUGGAGACACAGUGACCUGCACUUUCCCAGAAUCCCCCUCACUUCCUGUAAAUGAGGACAGUGCUACUGUGAGUUAUGUCAUCCAGUCAGAACUACCCACUUUACUGAAGUCUGUUGUCAGAACAGACUCAAGUGGUGACUUGGAAAAGUCAGAGUCUGAUGUGAAUGAACUAGAGCCAAUUUUAAACAAUGUUUCAAAUCUGAAGCAGAGAAUUCCUAAGAUUGAGGAAUUUUAUGCAAAAGACACGAAGACUUUAAACACCAAUGUCUUGUUAGAGGACUUUGAGAAGGAUGAUUUGGCCACAGAUUCAGAAAAGUUUCCUAAACAGGAGUUGAACAUUUUUGCAGAGAAUGAUUUGGUCAUGCAUGUUCCUGUAGAACCGGUCGCAGUAGCUAAUAAUAAGGAUGACACUGCAAGAAAGGGACCAAAAAAUACAAACAUUCAAGCGGAAAAGUUUAACAAGAUGCAGAAAGCUUGUGAAAUGGAUGCAGAAGGAGAUGGUAUUGUAAAGAAAAUGAAGUUUGAAUGCACAGAGAAAAACUUUCAAGUUCAAGCUCAGAGCAAAAUCAACAAGGACUAUGAAAUAAGUGAUCAAAAUCUGAAGCUGGCACGGUUUGGAAUGGAGGGAGUAAAUAUCAGAAAAGAUCUGGGUGCUGAAGGCAGUUUGGACAGUGAUGUGUGUGACAGCAUCAUGAAGACCCACCUCCUGGAGGACAGGUGUUCUCCUUGUGCUGCCCCAGAUGGAGACUCUGCGAGGACGACGGCCAAAACAAAGAAAAAGAACUGUGACAAUUGUGUACAGAACACAGACAAGCAGGUGUCCAAAAAUGUGAAGACAAAGAAAUCUCAGCUUGUGGAAAACAGCAGUAAGAAGUUUAGAUGUGAGACAAAACAUGAAGGUAGUCCAGCUAAUUCCAUUCUAUCAACAGAUAAUGAGGAUGAUAGAGAGGAUGGAGGACUGCAAAACAGUGAAUCUACUGAGGUGGAUGUGAUGGAGCGUGAGGAGGAGGUUCAGGCGGAUACAGAGGAGGAGGCGGCGGAGAAAGCCUGGGAGACCUACAUCAGGGACAAUCACAGCAUUAUCAUCAGCACAUUCCAGGGACAGUUCAAAUCCACGGUGGUGUGUUCAGAGUGCAGCCAUGUUUCUGUGACCUUUGAACCCUUUAUGUACCUAUCUGUGCCCUUGCCACAUGCCACAGACAGACAAAUAAGUGUCCUCUUUGUUUCACUGGAAGGGACUUCUACCAGAUACCUUUUAACUUUACAAAAAUCAGAUAAGAUCAACAAAGUCAAAGAAGAGCUCAAGAACUUGAUUGGUCGGCCUGUAGAUGACAUAAUAUUAGCUGAAGCACUUGAUAGCCAUAUAUCUAGGAUUCUAGAGGAGAACAUAAGUAUGCAGUACGUCAAUGACAGCUGCAGAGUGGUGUAUGCCUAUGAGAUGCCCCCCUGUCCUGCUCUUCUGGAAGAAGCAAAAAUUCCACCCUUAGUCCUUGAUUUCCCUACUGUAGAGGAACCAAACAAGUUCAGUGCUACACACACUAAUUCAGAGGAAGAUAUCUUCAGUAGCAUGGACACAUUCACCAAGCGUGAUGUUAGUGACAUCAACAAAUACAUGCAUUCAGGAGAAACCUCAGGAAAGGUCACCGAUGUUCAGAUGACAGAAUUAGGCAAUGACAAAUGUUGGAAUACUUCAGAAGAACCAACAAUUAAUGAAGCCAAAACAACAAGCAGCUGGUCAGAUUCCAAGAAAUCGGACAGUUGGGCAGGUAGCCAUGCUGCUGGUCAGUGGUCCCAGGAUGACUCGGACAAGCUGAGGGAGAGUCUCAAUGAGGUGAUGGUGGACGUGUCUGGGACCGGGAGGUGGAACCAAGAUUUCGCCGCCGGUCAUUCCCCGUCAGUGUCAAAUUCUGAUUGGUUGACUGGCAGUUCUGUAAUAAAUGAGACCAGUGACUCAGCCUCAGGCUGGGAUCUCACACAGACUCUUCAAGUCGAUGACACUUUGAUGAAGAGUGACCCUUUACCAGACAGUGUGACCUGGAGUACCAACACAAACCAGUCCGGUUCUGGUUGGGACUCCGGUUCAGUGACAGCACCAGCUGCUGUGGUGACUGACAAGUGGAAGUCGUGUGCAAUAUGUUUAGAGGAGCUGGAAGACAGUGAGCUCUUGUGUCACACUGUUUGUGGGGGAACCUUCUGUCAAUCUUGUCUAGAGAUGUCUAUAAAACACUAUGGAGAGGACAGUUAUGUUUGUCCGGUGUGUUCCAGCUCAGCGACACUUACUGCAGAUUUCUGUCCAAUAGGUUCCUCCUCUACACAGAACUUAAGACUUUUAGUUGUACCUGUAGCUUUGAGAGAUGAGAGUGGCUCUUCUAGUAAGUUGGUAGGACACCCUCGACUUGUUUACCUGCACAAUACAAUGAGUGGAAGCCAGCUUUAUGAAUGCGUUCUGAAUUUGUUCCCUACAUUGGCUCAGUGUACCAUUGUCCUCACAGAUGGACAGGGUCUUAGGUGUUCUAGAUGUCAGUACUCAGAGCAGUGCCAGGGCUGCCCCAUCUCACGGGACUCCAGUGUACACCUGCGUCCCGGGGACUGUCUGUCUGUGUGUCUGAGUUCACUGCCCCAGGCCUACAGGGCUGACCUGGAAGGUUUUGUGGACCAUGAGACCAUGGACAACUUAAGACCAGAAAAAACACUCACAAUCUAUGAUUGUCUUCAAGCCUUCACUGAAAGUGAAGACUUGGAUGAACACAAUCCCUGGUAUUGCCCAAGAUGUCAAAGAAACCAGUGUGCCAAGAAGACUAUCACUGUGUGGCAAUAUCCAGACACACUUAUCCUCCAUCUUAAAAGGUUUGUGUAUCACGAUUUGUCCAGUAACAAGGUGGAUGCAGAGGUGGAGUACCCCCUCCAGGACCUGAAUCUAUCCCAGUACACCUCAGGGCCCGACUCAGGCAGUCUGACCUAUGAUCUGUACAGCAUUGUAUGCCAUUUUGGUGGAGCUAAUGCAGGCCAUUACACCACAUUUGCCAAGCACCCAUUGAAUGGGCUGUGGUAUUAUUACAAUGAUGAAUCAGUGUCGCAGCAGUCGCCCAAAAAAGACGACUAUAAAAAUGCGUAUAUUUUAUUCUACAACAGACAAGGUACGGAUGUUAAAUUUGAUUUGCCCAAAUUUCCGCUGGACUCACCAAACGUACUGAGAGAGUCCCUGAAUAACCGGCCUCAGCUGGCAGCAGUACCCAUUCCGCUGAACCCAGGCAGAGGUGUCAGUCUCGCCGAAGAUCUCAGGACUCAAACCGACUAUGAUGAAGUCGACAGGAGCUGUUCUGAACAGAAGGAAGAAAUGACACAAUGAACAUCAUUUCAGUGACUUGCCACCUCCAUCCUUAUACUCAAUGAUCAAUUCAAUCAUUGAUCUCAGUGUUACCUGGUUAUACCAAGUGACGAACAAACACCUAUUGCUUUGUAUGGCCAGUAGAGUACCAUACACAUAGUUUUUGGUCUGACUUGUCUAUAUGUCCUAUUGAAUUGUCACAAAGUUCCUAGCAAAGGUUUUAGGAAUCUGGUUCUAAUCAAUGAACUUCCAGGGUUCUGUAGAUCAUGGAUUUUAGUCUGAUACUUUUCCAAAGUUUUGAUCUCAUUUAAGCACACCAGCUAGUACAUUACUGGUAAUUUGCAAUACAUAAAUGUAAACAACAUUGAAUUCUAUAAGUUAGAAAUUGAUUAUAAUUUUUUCAGUGUAAAUUAUUGUUAUUGUACUUAGAAUUUGAAAUUACCCAGAUAGCAAAGGGGGAGGAGGAUACCUGGUAGUAUGAAAUCUUGACUUCAGUAAUGGUUCUGGAAACUAGUCAGUAUCUGUUUUAUUAUACACACAAAAAUGUUGCCUCAUUAAGGCGAGUUGCAUUAAAUGAAAAAAAAGAAGAACAAGUUGGAUCUGAGCUGCUUGUUGUUUUUUGAACAAGUCAUAGUACGACUCAUGAACAAGCAGAUACCAUCAGGAACAAACACUGGUGUCAGCUAUGAUAUCAUUCUCAAAACACACAAUCAUGUCCAGGGAUAUCAUGGUAUCUAUAUGGUUCACCGUAUUUUUAUUUUUGUAUUUUUUUUUGAUUAUCAGUUUUCAAAAGCUGCAUAUGCAUGGAUCUUGCAUGUUCAAUGAAGGACCAUCAGUGAGGAAUGGUCGGUUUUUCUAUUGAUACCUGGUUGUAUUGUUUUAUGAUUAAAUCAUGUGAUAUGAUUCCAAAA